AAGUGGCCCUUGGCAUUUGACAUGCGCAUAAUACAGAGGAAGACCAGUGUUUGGCCGACGGCAUUAAAUUGUAAACAUUAGCAACCCGGCCAACUACUUUCUGUCUUUGGAAUGGAAAUAUAAGAUCCACCCAAGGCGUGGGACCAAACGUUGUUCUUCGGUGCAUGGACGCAAAGCCAAUGCGCAGGGUUACCAGCGCACGCCAAGACGCCACUGGAAUGGACAUCACCAGCCGCUGUACUCUGGGGGACCCCAACAAGCUCCCUGAAGGGGUCCCCCAGCCUGCACGCAUGCCCUAUGUCUCGGACAAACACCCCCGACAGACCCUGGAGGUGAUCAACCUGUUGAGAAAACACCGUGAGCUCUGUGAUGUGGUGCUGGUGGUGGGUGCCAAGAAGAUCUACGCUCACCGUGUGAUUCUGUCUGCCUGCAGCCCCUACUUCAGGGCGAUGUUCACUGGAGAGCUGGCUGAGAGUAGGCAGACAGAAGUGGUUAUCCGCGACAUCGAUGAGAGAGCAAUGGAGCUGCUCAUUGAUUUUGCCUACACCUCCCAGGUGACAGUAGAGGAGGGAAAUGUCCAGACGCUGCUCCCUGCGGCCUGCCUUCUCCAGCUGGCUGAGAUCCAGGAGGCCUGCUGCGAGUUCCUCAAGAGGCAGCUGGAUCCCUCCAACUGUCUGGGCAUCAGGGCCUUUGCAGACACACACUCCUGCCGCGAGCUGCUGCGCAUUGCUGACAAGUUCACACAACACAACUUCCAGGAGGUAAUGGAAAGUGAGGAGUUCAUGCUGCUGCCUGCCAACCAGUUGAUUGACAUCAUUUCCAGCGAUGAGCUCAAUGUGCGGAGCGAGGAACAGGUGUUUAACGCUGUGAUGGCCUGGGUGAAAUACAGCAUCCAGGAACGCAGACCACAGCUACCCCAGGUCCUGCAGCAUGUUCGUCUGCCGCUGCUCAGCCCCAAGUUCCUGGUGGGCACCGUUGGGUCCGACCCUCUUAUUAAGAGUGACGAGGAGUGCAGAGACCUGGUUGAUGAGGCAAAGAAUUACCUGCUGCUACCGCAGGAGAGGCCGCUGAUGCAGGGCCCCAGAACCCGGCCGAGGAAACCCAUCCGCUGUGGAGAGGUACUCUUUGCAGUUGGGGGUUGGUGCAGCGGGGACGCCAUUUCCAGCGUGGAGCGUUACGAUCCCCAGACCAACGAGUGGCGGAUGGUGGCGUCGAUGAGUAAACGGCGAUGUGGCGUCGGCGUCAGUGUUCUGGAUGACUUGCUGUAUGCGGUGGGAGGUCACGACGGCUCGUCGUACCUCAACUCUGUGGAGAGAUAUGAUCCUAAGACUAAUCAGUGGAGCAGUGAUGUGGCCCCCACUAGCACUUGUCGCACCAGCGUAGGAGUGGCUGUCCUCGGUGGUUAUCUGUAUGCUGUCGGGGGACAGGAUGGGGUUUCCUGUCUCAACAUUGUUGAAAGGUAUGAUCCCAAGGAGAACAAAUGGACUCGUGUGGCCUCCAUGAGCACCAGGCGACUGGGUGUAGCUGUGGCUGUGCUGGGGGGCUUCCUGUACGCUGUAGGAGGGUCUGAUGGGACGUCACCAUUAAAUACAGUGGAACGCUACAAUCCUCAAGAGAACCGCUGGCACACAGUGUCUCCGAUGGGAACCAGGAGAAAGCACCUCGGCUGUGCCGUCUACCAGGACAUGAUUUACUCUGUCGGGGGGAGAGACGACACCACAGAGCUGAGCAGCGCUGAGCGAUACAACCCCAGGACAAACCAGUGGUCUCCUGUAGUGGCCAUGACGUCCAGACGGAGCGGGGUGGGCUUGGCUGUAGUAAAUGGUCAGCUGAUGGCGGUGGGAGGCUUCGAUGGAACGACGUAUCUUAAAACUAUAGAAGUCUACGACCCUGAUGCCAACACAUGGAGGUUAUACGGAGGAAUGAACUACCGCCGGCUAGGUGGGGGGGUGGGCGUCAUUAAAAUGACUCACUGUGAAUCCCACAUAUGGUAGCACCAAUUUCCCCCCCACCCAACCCCCCCACACACUUCUCAUCACGUUGCAAUGGAUGGCUCUUCACCAACUCUUGUGCCUCCAAGAGAGACGCUGUAAUUAAUGCGAACAUGGGAAAACACGCGGGGACACAAGGCGGAAAGAGGAAACUUUGAACACUAGUUCAUCCCCAGCCCCACUGAGAGGACAUUACCUUUUGGAAUACCCUGGUUGUCCUCAUUGAUUGAACACGGUCUCCACGAAGUGCACUGAGAGCAGAGGUCUACUAAAGACCUCACAGAGUUUUCACCAUCCAAGCCUCUCGUGUCCGGGACAUUUGAUUCGGCGUAUGUAAUGGAACUCAACUUGACCGUAUUGCUGCUAAGGGAGAUCCUCUUACAUUAAUUGGAAGAUGCUUUUUUCAGUCUGUGCAACUGUGAAAGCCUUAAUCACCUUCCCUUGUGUUAAAAUGCCAGACCCCCAAAUUCUGACCACCAAUGAGCAUACAUCUCAGCUAUGGCUGUCACGUCUCUGAGGCUCAUUUGUAGCAUUAAGCAGUGGAAAGCUGUCAGGCGGUUAUCUUCCUUAAAGUAAAUACCCAGAUAGGGAAAGCUGAAUUUAUUUUACUGGGCAAGGUGGGUAGCAUUAGAAGGAUGCGUAUGAGGAAUUCACAGCAUUCUCUCCCAAACUUACUGACGUUGGAUCCGACUCGGCUGCUGCAGUUUACAUGAGGUUACUGUAGCUGUUUGUGACGUUGGGUGUUUAAAGAUUUCAGUUCAGAUGCUGAGUGUGUGUUUAGGACCGUCUUAACCAUUCAGUCGAAAGGACUUUGACACUAGAGUCAUCCAAUGGUGUUGUCAAAGUGGAAUAACGGUGUUCAUUUUCAGAAAGGCAUUCAUGGUGUUGCAUUCACUUGUACACUCUAACAUUGCUUUGUGUUAAAGAAAAAGAAAAAAAAGAGCUUUAAAGGUCAAACCCUGCCUAGUUUCACACGUCCACACUCCCGGCCAACCAUGCUUGUGAUUGCAACAACUGUGAUGGUUGUAUUCUUGUUUUCAUAAAGUAAACUAAAAUUGUCCCCUGGGUUCUGCUACAAAAAGGGGUUUUAGACCCUUUGAGAGGAUCUGACGAGCUCUUAGUUUGAAGCACACUGAAACCUUGAGGCCAUGAUCAGACAGAGCGCAUUUGCAAGUUGAAAACGUGAUGCGCACCACACUGCCUUUUUCGUUUGCCCAAUCAGACCAGAGCCAUGCCAGUUGCAUAUUUUUGUUAUUCUUGCUAUGCAACCAUUGAAAUCACCCGUCCCGGAAGAGCUUUUCCACUGGGCGUUGAAUUGCAUUUUGCAUUGAAAUGCAUUUUUUUAUUUAAUCGAGGCAUUCAGGUUCCACCUGCAACAACGCGAGGCGCAUAGAGCAACAGAACGCAGGGGGGCUCAGCUAUGCACAAAAGGCGAACAAAAUCCUUCACCUUCAACUCAAACAUUACAAAAAAAACAUGUUAGUACAUUUUAGUUGUUGUUGGUUGGACUCUCCUCAUGCAUUAUAAUAAAAGGACAGCAUUUUCUAGCCAAAGGAUGUUUCCACAAUUUAGAUCUUUUGGAAUAUACAAAACCUGAAGAGUUUUGUUUUUUUACUAACUACUUCCAUAACAUCUAAUAACACAAAUCAGUGAGCCAUGUUCUCAUUUAAAUGGAGGCAAAUAAAACCCAGCUUCUGUAAUUGAAUUUCUGCGACAUGUUUAUUACCACAUAUAGCAUCAAAGUCAGUCCUGCAACAGACUGAGCAGAAGAAGUUAGCCAGUGGGCUACAACCCAUGCAGUAGUGGAUCUAUCCCAGUGUGUUAAAAGAACGGGCCACAGUGAUUUCAUUCUUAACGGUUGUAUGCAUCAAUAAAGUAACAUCUUCCGUAGCAGUCAGUGAUUUUUAGUUUAUCCAAUUAGGGGAUUUAGACACACUGGGCCUUUUUUUGGUCUGUAUUCUCACUUCCCACAGUUUUAGUUUUUGCAUGUCAUCAUACAACAGUGUUAAGGCACCACCUGCUGGAGGACACUUAAGGUGCAGCACUGUGAUGAAGAACUCUAAGCUCCCCACUGCAGUCCACUUACUGCUCCUGGGUUGGAUAUCUGAUUUCAGCUCAACGUGAAACACAAGUGGAGACCGACACAGUUCAUAUAGAUGGUGGAACCGGUUUAGCUUCCCACAAUUAAUUGCACUGCCCCCCCCCCUUUUCUUCUUAAUUCUAUUUUAAGAAUCCUUUUAAGAGCCAGUGUUUUUUUUAGGCCUCACACUGAGAAUGCCACCCUUGAGUCUUUGCAGAGUGGAUUUAUUUCAUGGAUUCAACACUUUUUGACUUACUUUGUGGACACACACUGUCCCUCUCAGUUCUACACUCUAUAGUGGGUGCGGAACAAAUGCAUCGCUGUAAUAACAGGCAAAUGAGGACAAUGAUAAAACGCUGCCGUUAUGCAUUAUUAUAACCAUUGUGUUCAUGAGCAAGCAGGUCCUUACCUGAAUAAAGGCAUUCAUGUUCAAUAAUAUGCUAACUCUUGAUUUUGCUGGGGUUAAGUUGUCUGUUAGUGGAGAUUUGAAGUCGCGGGGUCACAGUUUGACCGUGUGGUAAUGCACACUUGUGUUGAAAAUGAAUGUUUAGGUUUUCAGAUGUUUUGCAGUCACCCACAGAUCUUCCCUCUGAAACAUUAAACAUAGAAAUAAUCCACUGUGGCCAACUGUGUUUGCCUUCUUCUUGAAAAUUCUUCCAAUGCUAUUAUUUUACUGGCACAGAAUUACCAUGAAAUCCCACUCGGCUAAAGACUCCAUGUUUUUGCUUUUGGUAUCAAGAAAGACACUCCUGUUUUUGUGAAAAUGCAUUUUUCAGAUAACCAAGGGAAGUUUUAAAUGGGUUAUUAAGUUUAAAAGUAGCACAAGCAGGUAAUGCUUCAAUAUAUUU